GCACCAAGGAACACACAGCUGGAUCGCUAUCGACCGAAUCUCUCUCUAGUGUUUGUCUUGAAUUCUGCCUACCACGACAGCAUGAGAACGCUACUGGACAGCAGCUGGAUAAAGUUUGGGCCAGCCGGCAGAGGGUCCAUUGAUUGGGUGACUGGGUCACCUUCUCCCCCAAUGGUGGAGAGACAGUUACAGGACGACAACUGGAAUGAGCUGAACCUCAACCAGGAAGGGAGGUCAGGGCUGCUCCUCUACGUGGUCCUCCCCGUCGCCUCCCUCCUCAUGCUGGGCAUCCUGGUACUCCUUGCCUACUGGAGGUGCUCCCCUCCAAAGCUCAGCCUGGACCUCCAGGACCCCGAGAGCAGCGCGGAGUUCCUCUCCUCGCUCACCGGCCACGGCGAACGCCACACCAGCACCAGCGCUGACAUGUCGGACAGCGUGUACGUCAUGGUCUACCUGCCACCGCCCUACGAGGAGACGCUGACCAAGAUCACACGCGCCACCAGUCUGACCAGUCGGAAAGAGUCCAUGAACAUAGAGGACCUGGAGGCCCGGCUGUGUCCGGAGAUCAAGUCCAGUGGACGCUACGUGUGACUGGGGAACACUGGGACUGUCUCUCAAAUGGCCCCCUAUUCCCAAAAGCCCACAAAGGGCUCUGAUUAAAAGAAGUGCACUAUGUAGGGAGUAGGGUAUAUGGUAUCAUUUCAGACUAGAACUAAGAGAUUGCUUUUGAAAGGACUCCAUAUACCAAGCUCUUUAGAAUAAGGGGAAUUCAAUGGACUAUUUAAAAACAUCAGACCUGAGUUAGUCUUAUGUGGGUACCAGCUUUCUACACAGAGGAGUGUGCAGUUGCAUGAAAGCUGGAAAUUGCAUUGACUGGCUGUCCAGGAUACAGUACAUCUAGAUUCUCUAGAGAGGACAGACGCUGACGAUGUACAAACCGUAGGUCACAGUAGGCAAAUAAAUCUCCUUCAACGAUACAAAAAAUAAUAUAAAAUUCAUUUGCAUUGUUUUUAUCUCCUAAAUGAAACACGUGAUCCCCCAUUUUGACUUCCACACAUUGUAUGAGCCAUACCAUGCUUUCAACCCUCCUGUACCUGUGUUGAUUUACAGUUUGUUCCCUAUUUGGAGACUUAGGAAUGUCAAUGUGCAAAGUGCAAGAAUGUUACAGAAGUCUUGUAUAUAAUACUAAUAUAAUAAUAAUAAUAAUAAUAAUAAUAUAAUAUAAUAAUAAUAAUAUAUGCCAUUUAGCAGACGCUUUUAUCCAAAGCGACUUACAGUCAUGUGUGCAUACAUUCUACGUAUGGGUGGUCCCGGGGAUCGAACCCACUACCCUGGCGUUACAAGCACCAUGCUCUACCAACUGAGCUACAGAAGGACAUUACCAUAGCUGUAAUGUAAGACAGGUGUUUGGAAAGGAGAGCUCAUAACUGUAUGUUAUUUGAAUUUGAUUUGAAUUGUAUUUAUAUGUAAGAAGGUACAAAGACCUAGCCUGGGCACCAUGUGUUUGACAGAAGGGACAAGGAGCAGAAUGUUAGUUAGACGGGUACCCAGACUUACAAAGACCUAGUCCAGGUUAAUAAUUCCAUUCAUUCGUUGGAGUCACAUCAUAUAUGUACUCCUAAAAACCUCAGACCUGAUACGUUUUAUAGACUACAUAACAUAUAUUCAUUCUAAUUUUAAGUAAUAUGUUUGUACAAAGUGUUAUAUUGUUUUUAAAUAAAGAAUAAGAAAAAUAUCUUAGCAUGUUAUGAUUGAGAGACUUCCGUCAUGAUCACUGAUGCACCGAGGUUGCAAAGUUUUAAUCCCAUGCUGCCUCACUGUGAUACAUCUUGGUCAUAUCAUGUAGACUACUGAAUGUAGAGGUGAGCUCUCCUUUCCAAACACCUGUCUUACAUUACAGCUAUGGUCUUGCUGCGUUUCUGAGCAAGAUUGUCAAGAAGUGUUAGAAAUGUCCAGGGGUCCCACUUGUUUUUUUUUCUUACGGCCAAACAAUCCUCAGAAGCAGCUACAUCAUUUCAUAUUCUCUUUGUACCAUUUAUUCUUGUAAAUUAUCCGUUUCAGACUAUUAACGGAAGCGUUUUUAUUUAAUGUAUAUUAAUUCACGAAAUGUUCGUUGUUGUUAAUUAACCGAUUCAUUUGAAUAGUCUACUGUAUAAAUUAUCCCAAAAGCCCAAAAUUCGAAACAUACUGUAUUUUCAGCAAAAUAAAUGUGUUGAUCUAAUCAAAAACAACAAUUUAAAACACAGAUUUUCAGGCUACACCAUAAAACAAUACAAUGGAUGGUUAUUGGUUACAUUGAGCAUCAGGCUCCUCUAUAUGGAAUGUAAAAUAUAUAUAUCAGGAAUAAAGUCAUAAAAGACACGUCUUUAGAAAACAAAGUCACGCAAAAUACUUCAAAUAAAGUGUUUAUUUUUCAAAUAAAAGUUCAGAGAGAAAAUUGUUUGGUGCCAAAACAGUCUCUGGUAAGCUAUAAAUACACAUCCUGAUUCCCAAAAUGGAAAAUAAGACAGUAUUAGACAGGCAACAUACAAUGUCUUUUUGGGAUCUGAGGUAGGCCUUGUUGUUAUAUCUGUCUCUGUGUAAAUGUGUGUGCGUCCAUACACUUGGUUUGUGUGGAUGUGAUAUCUAGUAUCCGCGCCUGCGACAAUCCUCCAUCCACAAUUCUUUCGCUGUUUUUUUUCUUACGGCCAAACAAACCCGAGAACCAGCCGCAACCCUUCUUCUCCUUCUCCUUCUUUUUAUUAUAUUCCUCCUCCAUCAUUGCCAUCCAUCCCAUCUUCCAGAAG